GUGUAUUAACAUUCUGUGUGUGAACAGCACACGGUUGCGCGCUGAGCUUUAUAGCAACCGUUGCCCUGAGCUGCAGCGCCAUAGUCACCGUAGUCCUGGCGACUGUAACCCACCAACAAUAACAACAUCCUAACCGUCACCUUCCUCAUCUUCUUCCUCAUCUUCACACCAGUCCAGGUGAACACUUCCAUAGUACCCGCUCGCUCAUCAGCGCCAUGCAGACCCCCGAGGCCGGCGCUGAGUCCACGUCCAGCGUGCCGCUCCAGACCAGCGUGCCUGUGCCGUCUGCGGUCAGUGUCCAGCAGGUGGCGUCUCAGGUCCAGCAACAGGCGCAGACUGUUCAACAGGUCCAGCAUGUGUAUCAAACACAGGUGCAGUACGUUCAGGAGGAAAACAACGCCGGUUACACCAACGGGACUAUACGGACGUAUUCAUACUCAGAACCACAGCUGUACAACCAGAACAGCGGCGGAAACUACUUCGACACGCAGGGCAGCUCGGCUCAGGUGAGCUCUCACAGUAUGACCAACAACGGGAACGGUGCUCUGGCCAUGGGGCUGUCAGGAGGACAGAUCAUCAGCAGCUCAGGAGCGUAUCUGAUUGGAGGAAACUCCAUGGAUGGCUCCGCCCCUCACAGCACGGCUCAGACCACUAGAGCCUCCCCCGCCACGAUUGAAAUGGCGAUUGAGACGCUCCAAAAGUCUGAAGGUUUGUCCAGUCAGAGAAGUUCGCUGCUCAACAGUCAUCUGCAAUGGCUCCUGGAUAAUUACGAGACAGCGGAGGGCGUGAGUCUGCCGCGCUCCACUCUCUACAGUCACUACCUGCGCCACUGUCAGGAGCAGAAGCUGGAUCCCGUCAACGCUGCGUCCUUCGGGAAGCUCAUCCGCUCCAUCUUCAUGGGGCUGCGCACACGCCGCUUGGGCACCCGAGGGAACUCUAAGUAUCACUAUUACGGGAUUCGCGUGAAGCCGGACUCUCCUCUGAACCGGUUGCAGGAGGACAUGCAGUACAUGGCAUUGAGACAGCAGCCCGUCCAGCAGAAGCAGAGAUUCAAGCCAGUGCCGAAGAUUGACGGUGUUUCAGGGGAGAGCUUCUCCAGCGGGGGGCACACACCCAGCGCUGCAGAGCAGACCUUUAUCGCUCAAAGCCAGCAUCAUCAGCAGUUCCUCGAUGGGUCCAUAGCUCUGCCAGAGUUCACUGAACUUGACCUCGGAGAGCCUGUGGAAGGUGUCGGACCAGAGGACGUCAAAGCCCUCCAGACGCUGUACAGAGAGCACUGCGAGGCCAUUUUGGACGUAGUGGUGAACCUUCAGUUCAAUCUUAUCGAGAACUUGUGGCAGACUUUCUGGCGCUAUUCUCCAUCCAGCUCUGUAGAGGGCGUCACCAUCACUGAAAACAGUGGUCUGAGCGAAAUCGAGGGCCGCCUGCCACGGACCGGACUGGUUCUGCUCUGUGGAAACGAGGCAGUGCUAAAGUGGAUGAACACCUGUGAUCAUCUGAUGUAUCAGGCCCUCGUGGAGAUCCUCAUCCCUGAUGUUCUGAGACCCAUUCCUAGUGCCUUGACUCAAGCCAUCCGUAAUUUUGCCAAAAGCCUUGAGGGCUGGCUCACCAACGCCAUGAGCAGCAUCCCUCAGAGGAUGAUCCAGACCAAGGUUUCUGCUGUUAGUGCCUUCGCUCAGACGCUCCGCAGAUACACGUCUCUGAAUCAUCUGGCACAGGCGGCCCGUGCAGUGCUGCAGAACACCUCCCAGAUCAACCAGAUGCUCAGCGAUCUCAACCGGGUCGACUUUGCCAAUGUUCAGGAGCAGGCCUCGUGGGUGUGCCAGUGUGAAGAGGGCGUAGUUCAACGCCUCGAGCAGGACUUCAAGGCCACCCUCCAGCAGCAGAGCUCUUUGGAACAGUGGGCAGCUUGGCUGGACAACGUGGUCACUCAAAUACUCAAGCCGUACGAGGAUAAACCCUCCCUCCCCAAAGCUGCACGCCAGUUCCUGCUCAAGUGGUCCUUCUACAGCUCUAUGGUCAUCAGAGACCUGACCCUCCGCAGCGCGGCGAGUUUCGGCUCGUUCCACUUGAUUCGGCUGCUGUAUGACGAGUACAUGUUCUAUCUGGUGGAGCACCGCGUCGCACAGGCCACAGGAGAGACGCCCAUCAGAGUUAUGGGAGAGUUUCAGGACCUGAAUACCAUGUCACCUGCCAACAUCGACAAAGACGAGGUGAGCGAGAUGGACAGUGAUCUGGACGAGGAGAUGGAGGAGUCUGACGAGCCUCUGGCCAAGCGGGAGAAAGCGGAGACCGAGGUCAUGCAGGUGGAGGACGGCAGCAGCGCGGUGCUGAGCGUGGUUCAGUCCAGCAUGCUCAGCGCUUCACCCUCGAGUGAACACAUCCUUAGCUCGAGCGGAACCAGCACCAUCCGCCACUGCAGCAGUCUGGGAAACACAUACGCCUCGGUCUGAAAGCCUUUCAGUACAUCUGUCUCCAAAACAUCUGUUCUCAUCCUUAGCAGAAACACAGACUCUCGCUGAGAUCAUCAAGCUCUAGCAAACCAACUUCAGGAUGUGACGAGA